AUGUCAAAAUCUGGUGUUUUUUCGUUUAAAAAAUCAACUAUUGAAGGUCGUCGUGUUUUUAAGAAUCAAAAAGAUAAGGUUAUAAUUGUUAUGGAAAAAUUUUUAAUGAGUAAUAUUCGGGUUGUUUUUGUUAAAGAUGAAAAUGUUAUUCAACCUCCAUCUGAAUAUUAUUAUAUAUACGAUUUUGGAGAUAAAAAAGAA